UGUUGAGCUCAAAAAGCGAUUUAGACAAUACGCAGCACUGUAGUGUGUCAUAAAAUUGGUCCUCGCCUUUUUUGAUUGAGCUUCAAAAUGAACACUGACAGGAUUGCAAGAGAGUUAAAGAAAAUACCACUAGUCCUCCAAAAGGAUGCAUUACACUGGAAUAAGAUCAUCCUAGAAGGAGUCGACUACAUCCAAAGCUAUGCGAACAUUUGUGCGAAAAUCUUUAAGAGGGAAUUUAAUGUCAAAAAGUCGAAUUCCCUACGAAAAAUCGGCCAAAUCAAACGCCAAACAUUGCGAAAUAUUAGGCAAAUUAACAAGAGGCGUAAAGAACUCAAAGAAUCGGUAAGACUGCUAAACAUCAUCCAGAGUCGUACUCAGGUCAUGUAUGAACGCGUUCGUUACUGGAGCAAUGAUGAGCUACUGCAAGAGUAUGACCUUGAGUCGAGCCUGGCUGCUGGCAACAUGCUGGAACUGCUGAGAUUCCUAACAGAGCGCUACAACCUCGAAUGGGAGGCCUUGGAAAUGGUCAUACGCCACCUCAAAAAUGUGGCCAGCAUUGACGAGGCCAAAAUGCUGGUGCAGAUUUGGCUGAACAGCACCCACGCCGAGGGGCAGGAAUUCUUGAGCAUGCUAGCCGAGCUCUUUCAGCCAACUGAACAGCAUCAAGACGCUUCCCAGCAGGACGCAGAAUAUGACUGAGUCGUUUAUCAAUCAAGAGUUUAUUUAGCAAGUUUUCCGAAUAACAUCAAAAUAUUCCACUCAACACAACAAUAGCUUUUCACUGUAUCCAAUUUCCCACUAUUUUUGUUCACAAUAUAAAACCAAACAUUUUCAUUUUUCAA